AUGUCGGUUCGAGAACGUUGCCUAGCUUAUUCUUCUUCAUCGAGUGGCUAUUGGAAACAUUCUCUUAGUGAUAUUAUAAGUGCACUUAAAACAGAAGAUCAUCCUGAUCAUCAAAUAUUUUCUACUGUUGCAUGUACAUUAAUGAUGAACGAUAGACCUGGAUAUUGGCAUUGGUUAGAAAAUGCAAUCGCCAAGCUUAUUGAUGAUCCUAAAUCACGAUUGGAUCCACUUCCUGAUUUACCUGAAUAUGAGGAGAUGAGCAAUAAAGAAUUACUUGAUAAAUAUGAGGUUGGCGAUGAAAAUUAUCCACGAACUGAUAUUUUAGGAGAACUAAAGUAUCGAUAUCCAUUAUUAAUUCAAUCAGAUGAAAUUGAGUCAAUUAUUGAUUUAAGAAAUAAAUUAAAAGAUGUUAUAUAA